AUGAUCCCGCGUUCACGCCUCUCUGGCCGCCUCAUCCUCGAGCGCUCUGCCGCCCAUGCAUCCCGAGUCUCUUCCGUAGCCAUCGCCGCUCGAUGGACCUCUUCACCCGCCUACCUAAACCGUCACAUCUGCGCUCGCCGGCUGCCCGCCAUUCAGCCGCGGUUAGCCUCCGCCGCCUUCUCUACGGCCGCACGCCUCGGGAAGGAGAAGGACAGCAACGACAAGGGAUUUUUCGAGUCCGCCAUAGAGCCAUUGACCGAGCCGUUGUCUGAGGAGGAGGCUCAGGCGAACCUGGAGAACAAGCGGAAGGACGCCGAGGACAAGCUUUCGGCCGAAUCGAGAAACCCAGGGCCCGACUCACCCGCCUCUGGCAAGAAUGACGCCGGAGGUCAAUCACCAGACGGAAAGGCCGGGAGUGCGGCUGGAGGUUCUGCAGGAUCUGGUUCCGGGAGCGACGGCGGUGACGGAGGCCGACGCGGUCGAAAGUCGUCCGCCGAGAAGGCCCUCCAGAAGCCUGUGGUCCCCGAGGUCUACCCCCAGGUCCUGGCCAUCCCCAUUGCCCGGCGACCGCUCUUCCCUGGUUUCUAUAAGGCGAUUACCAUCAAGGAUCCCGAUGUGGCCAACGCAAUCACUGAGUCCAUCAAGCGUGGUCAGCCCUAUGUCGGCGCCUUCUUGUUCAAGGACGAGAACGAGGACGAGGAUGUCAUCCGAAACCCUGAUGAUGUCUACGACGUGGGUGUCUUUGCCCAGAUUACAAGUGCAUUUCCCAUCCACGGCCAAGAGGGGGCUCUGACUGCCAUCCUCUACCCCCAUCGACGUAUCCGAUUAUCUAGCUUGCUUCCUCCCGGUGGCCAAGAUGCUGCCAAGAAGACCGAUUCCAAGACCGAGCCUACACCCGAACCCAUUCCCCAGAAGCCCGCCGAGGAGGAGGCUACGCAAGAGAAGAAGGGUGAUGUCGUCGCCAGCUUCGAGGAGAGUGCCGUGGAGAAGAAGCCCGACCAAACCGCAGAGAAGUACGAGCCAACCUCGUUCCUCAAGAGAUACCCCGUCAGCCUGGUCAACGUCGAGAACCUUGUUGAUGAGCCAUACGACCCCAAGAGCCCUGUUAUCCGCGCCGUCACCAACGAGAUUGUCAACGUCUUCAAGGAGGUGGCCACAAUGAACAACCUCUUCCGUGACCAAAUCUCGACCUUUUCUAUGAGCCAGUCCACCGGAAACGUGACAUCAGAGCCCGCCAAGCUUGCCGACUUUGCCGCCGCCGUGUCGUCGGGCGAGCAGAAGGAGCUACAGGAGGUUCUGGGAUGUCUCAACGUGGAGGAGAGGAUGCAGAAGGCCCUGGUGGUGCUAAAGAAGGAGCUCAUGAAUGCCCAGCUGCAGUCCAAGAUCAGUAAGGAUGUGGAGAACAAGAUCAGCAAGAGGCAGCGCGAAUACUGGCUUAUGGAGCAAAUGAAGGGUAUCCGUCGCGAGCUCGGCCUCGAGUCGGACGGCAAGGACAAGCUGGUCGAGAAGUUCAAGGAGAAGGCCAACAAGCUCGCCAUGCCCGAUGCCGUGCGCAAGGUCUUUGACGAGGAGCUUAACAAGCUUGCCCAUCUUGAGACUGCUGCUUCCGAGUUCAACGUGACGAGGAACUACCUGGAUUGGCUCACACAGAUCCCCUGGGGUCGGAGGAGCGCCGAGAACUUUGGCAUCCCCAACGCCGUGAAGAUCCUGGAUGAGGAUCACCACGGUCUCAAGGAUGUCAAGGACCGUAUCCUCGAGUUCAUCGCGGUUGGAAAGCUUCGAGGCACUGUCGAGGGUAAGAUCCUCUGCUUCGUCGGACCCCCCGGAGUGGGCAAGACCAGUAUCGGAAAGUCGAUCGCGCGAGCCCUCAACCGAGAGUAUUACCGAUUCAGUGUCGGAGGUCUUACCGAUGUUGCUGAGAUCAAGGGUCACCGAAGGACCUACGUCGGUGCCCUUCCCGGUCGUAUGAUCCAGGCUUUGAAGAAGUGUCAGACUGAGAACCCUCUUAUCCUGAUCGAUGAGAUUGACAAGAUUGGCCGAGGAUACCAGGGCGACCCCUCAUCUGCGCUGCUGGAGCUGCUGGACCCUGAGCAGAACAGCUCUUUCUUGGAUCACUACAUGGAUGUGCCCGUCGACCUGUCCAAGGUCUUGUUCGUGUGCACAGCCAACAUGACCGACACCAUCCCCCGACCUCUACUCGACAGAAUGGAGAUCAUCACCCUCUCGGGCUACGUUGCUGAUGAGAAGAUGGCUAUCGCCCAACGGUACCUCGCACCCGCUGCUAAGGAAACCGCCGGACUUCAGAAUGCCGACGUCAUCCUGAGUGAGGAGGCCAUUGAGGAGCUGAUUAAGUCGUACUGCCGCGAGUCGGGAGUUCGAAACCUCAAGAAGCAGAUCGAAAAGGUUUACCGAAAGUCUGCCCUCAAGAUUGUCCAAGAGCUCGGCGAGGAGGUUCUCCCAGAGGAGGACGCCCUGACUGAGGAGGGCAAGUCUGCUCUAGAGGAGGCCGAGAAGAAGAAGGAGGAGGCGGCCAGCACAGGCAAGGAGUCAGACGUGGAGAGCUCUUCAGAGUCUGGCGAGACUGGCAAGGCCACGGAGAAGCCCCGCAAGCCUCUCCGGGUUCCCGACUCGGUCCACGUCGUCAUCGGCAAGGACAACCUCAAUGACUACGUUGGCCCUCCCGUCUUCACCUCGGAUCGUCUGUACGACGUCAGCCCCCCUGGUGUAUCUAUGGGUCUCGCCUGGACACAGCUUGGUGGCGCUGCCAUGUACAUUGAGUCGAUCCUGCAGGCUCCCCUCCGACCAGAGACCCGGCCGCACCUCGAGAUCACGGGUAACCUCAAGAACGUCAUGAAGGAGUCCACCACAAUCGCCUACUCCUUCGCCAAGGCUUUCAUGGUCAAGGAGUUCCCCGACAACCACUUCUUCGACAAGGCCAAGAUGCAUCUUCACGUUCCCGACGGUGCCGUUUCCAAGGAUGGUCCUUCGGCUGGUAUCACCAUGGCUACUUCGCUCCUGUCCCUCGCUCUCGACACCCCUGUUGAUCCGACUGUCGCCAUGACUGGUGAGCUUACACUUACUGGCAAGGUGCUGCGUAUCGGUGGUCUUCGUGAGAAGACUGUUGCCGCUCGUCGCGCUGGCUGCAAGACCAUCAUCUUCCCCAAGGACAACAUGUCUGACUGGCUGGAGCUGCCUGAGAACAUCAAGGAGGGUCUUCAAGGCCAUCCCGUGGCCUGGUACCCCGAGGUCUUCAACCUCGUCUUCCCCGACAUUGACCGCGAGCAGGCCAACAAGUGCAAGAUCCGCGAGUGGGAGGAGCAGCAGAAGAAGGACAAGCCCGAGUCCGCCGAGGAGGAAGACUAGACGCCGAAAAAAACGGCGAGGUGAAGAACAUGUCAUGGACACGGGGGCGCAAAGCAUGGCAUCAAUGUAGGAAUUAUGCAUGAUUUGAGGGGCGUUUGGGCACCGGGGGGCAAGAAUCUUAGAUGGAAACGAUAUAAAGACUCCUACUCUGUUAUUACCAGUCUGUGGACUUUUGUACUUUUAGAAGCAUGCAACAGCGGGUUUUGGAGACAAGCAGCUGAUGAGCAAAUGCCAGCACGUGGGCGACGCCUCCAUGUGCAAUUGUACAUAUAGGAAAAGCGACGUCAUACUGUUUA